UGAAUUUCUCAUUGUUUCUUCCUUUUAAAGAACUCGUAUAUCUAGACUUGUCAAGAAUUCGUCUAGCCGGUUGGGUUAAGCAUGAAGGUUAGCGGUUAACGUUAUUUAUUUAUUUUUGUUGAUAUACACUCUUUUUUUAUUUUUUGGAAAUUUUCUAAUUGUGAGUGAUUUUGAAAUUUCCAAUAUAAUUUGCAGGUUUUGAAAGAUUAUCUGAGUUAAGAAAGUUAGAGGUGCUUAUAUUGGAUUGGAAUUCAUUUAAUAAUAGCAUCUUACAAUCUCUUGGUGCACUUUCAUCACUCAAAACUCUAUCUCUAGCCAGCAACAAUUUUUAUGGAUCAAUCGAAGGUGAUUAAUUCAAAAAGGAAAUACCUUUUUCAAGUCGAUAAAAGAAGCAUAUCUUCUUGUUCUCAAUAUUCCUUGGUACUAUAAUUUUUCAUACAUACUUUAUAAAUUUGGAAUAAACCUACAUGUUAUUUAACUGCAAUAUAAAUUCAACAAAAAAAUUACAAACACAUAUUAGUCCUGAGCAAUUUUAUCCUCAUAGUAGUGUCAGAAAAAGAAAAAAAAAAAAAAAAAUUGUAGGUUUUGCCUCUAAAUUACUAUGAAUGGUUUGAAGUGUAUAUAUAAAUUCUGAUAUAAGUUUUUUUCGUGUCAUUGUAGCUUUUCUUAACAUGAGCAAUUUGGUUGAUCUAAUUUUCAUAGACCAUCGUACUCACUUGCAAAGUUGAGAUGCAAUUACCAUUAAGCAAGCUGAAAAUCAUGCGGUUGGGUCGAACUAUAAACUUUAAUUAUUUGUACAAAAUAUUAAUCAUAGCAUAAAUCUCAAAAUCUUAGAACUUCAUUAAUUUCACAUAUUCAUAAUGUAUAAAUAAAUAGUUAAAUACAAAUAUUUUGAUCCAUAAUAACAAACUGCGUAAAGAUCCAGCCAAACGUCAAGAUCUUUCUUGUGAAAAGUAUUCGACUAAUUGGCCAGUUGGGUUGAACAUGGAGGUUUUGAAAGAUUAUCUGAGUUAAGGAAGUUAGAGGUGCUUAUAUUGGAUUUGAAUUUAUUCGAUAAUAGCAUCCUACCAUCUCUUGGUGCAAUUUCAUCACUCAAAACUCUAUCUUUAGCCUUCAACAAGUUGAAUGGAUCAAUUGACACCCAAGCUUUUCUUAACAUGAGCAAUUUGGUGGAGCUAGACUUGAGUGGCAACCGGAUAAAUAGUUUUACGGGAAAUGAAGGUUUUGGAAGAUUAUCUGAGUUAAAGAAGUUAGAGGUGCUUAUAUUGGAUACAAAUUUAUUCAAUAACAGCAUCCUACCAUCUCUUGGUGCAAUUUCAUCACUCAAAACUCUAUCUCUAGCCUCCAACAAGUUGAAUGGAUCAAUUGACACCCAAGCUUUUCUUAACAUGAGCAAUUUGGUGGAGCUGGACUUGAGUGGCAACUGGAUGAAUAGUUUUACGGGAAAUGAAGGCUUGAAGAGCUUAAGCAAGCUGAAAAUCAUGCGGUUGGGGUCCAACAGUUUUAAAAAUGCCAGCAUUCUACAAUCAUUGGGUGCUCUUUCCUCACUAAGGGAGUUAGAUCUCCGGGACAGUUAUGAAUUGCUAGUAUUGGUUACAGAAAAAGAUUUGGAGGGGUUAGCCAACUUGGAGGAGUUGUAUUUGGAUCGUUGCUCUAUUGACGUCAGCUUUUUUCAUAAUGCUGGAGUGUUAACUUCUCUUAGAGUGUUGUCAAUGCCAGACAUUGAAUUCAACGGCAGACUACCGAACCAAGGUUGGUGUGAGCUUUAUAAUCUUGAAGAGUUGGAUCUGAGUGGGAAUGAAUUAAAUGGGAUACUUCCUUGGUGCAUGAGGAAUUUGACAUCACUCCGCUUUUUGGAACUCUCAUACAAUCAUUUCACUGGAAGUAUUGCCGCCUCCCCCCUUACCAGUCUCACAUCACUCCAAUAUCUUUCAAUUUCACACAAUGAUUUCGUGAUCCCAAUCUCGUUUUUCGCAUUUUAUAACCAUUCAAAGCUAAAGCUCAUUUCAGGUGAUCACAACAGAUUGAGUGACCACCCAAUUUCAAUAAUUCCAAGGUUCCAACUGAAGGUUUUCAGUUUGUCAAACUGCAAUGCCAACCAGUUGUUGAGUGAAGGGCUUUUCCAUUUUCUCUAUCAUCAACAUGACCUCAUAGUGGUUGAUCUAUCACAUAACAAUCUGACUGAUAGUGGUGGGACAUUAUUUUUUCUCUCUUGGUUGUUGGCAAACAAUACACAAUUGGUUUAUCUUAAUCUAAGAAAUAACUCCUUCUCAGGGCCUUUCCCAUUAUUGACUUCUUCUCCUUACAACAUCACAAAGUGGAUUGAUAUCUCUAACAAUCAUAUUCAUGGUCAACUGCCAACAAAUAUAAGUUCCAUAUUUCCCAGUUUAAAUUUUUUAAACUUGUCUCAGAAUGAAUUGGAAGGUAGGAUUCCGGCAUCAUUAGGUGAUCUGCAUUCUUUAUCCUAUUUAGACUUGUCUAACAAUCAUUUGUCAGGACAAAUACCUCAACAUUUUGCAAUUGGUUGCUUCUCCAUAUAUUUCCUCAAACUAUCCAAUAAUACUUUGGAUGGUCGGAUGCUUCCUGAUCUUGUGACCCUAACCAGCUUGGAGUAUUUAUAUUUGGACAAUAACCGUUUUGAAGGAAAGAUUCCAGAUAGCUUGUCUACCGCAUCUGGUUUGACGGCAUUAGACAUUAGCAAUAACAGCAUGUCAGGUCAUCUUCCAAUAUGGAUUGGGAAUAUGCGUUACAUAGAAGUACUUAUCAUGUCCAAAAAUCAUUUUGAAGGUCCAAUUCCAGCUGAGUUCUGCAAACUUGAUUGGCUUUCUGUUUUAGACCUUUCCAACAAUAAUCUGUCCGGAUCUAUACCAUCUUGCUUCAACUCAUCAGAAAUAGAGCAUGUACAUCUGAAUCACAACAUGCUAAGUGGCCCAUUCCCACAUGCAUUUUACAACUGUUCUUCUCUGGUGACGUUAGAUCUAAGACAGAAUAACCUAAGUGGUAAGAUUCCGAGCUGGAUUGGCAACCUUUCCUCAUUGAGCAUUCUUCUCCUCAAAUCUAAUAGUUUCGAGGGAAAACUUCCUCACCAAUUGUGCAGCUUGAAAGGGUUAACUAUAUUGGAUCUUUCUCAAAACAAUCUUUCCGGUUCCAUACCUCAUUGCUUUGGUUCCAUACCUUUCAAGCCAAUGACUAGAAAAUCCUAUAAACCACGUCUGGCUUUGGUUGUGGAUUGGAGAACUAAUUUUCUGUCUUACGUGGUGAUGGAGACAAUGUUAUCUAAGAACUAUGAUGUUUUUCAGAGUGGGCAAUAUUUCCCACUAAUGGUUGCGACACAAGUAGUGGAGUUCACCACAAAGAGUAGAUUGUAUGCAUACUGCGGUAAUAUACUGGACUACAUGUCAGGAGUCGAUCUCUCUUGCAACCUCUUAACAGGAGAAAUCCCAUCUGCUAUUGGAAAUCUAAGUGAGAUCCAUGCACUAAACUUGUCGCAUAACAAUCUCAUUGGUUCAAUCCCAACAACUUUCUCAAUGUUAAAACAAGUGGAGAGUUUGGAUCUUUCCUACAACAAAUUGAGUGGAACAAUUCCCUCUCAACUCAUUGAGUUGAACUAUUUGGCAGUCUUCAGUGUGUCACACAACAAUUUAUCAGGUACGACUCCGGAAUGGAAAGCUCAGUUUGGGACCUUUGAAGAAAGCAGUUAUGAGGGAAAUCCUCUUCUUUGUGGACCUCCAUUACGUAACAGUUGCAAUAAAACUGGAUCUCCGUUGACAUUGCCUCAUCACUCUUUAGAAGAGGAAGGUUUUAUGGAUAUGGAGGUUUUCUAUGUGACUUUUAUGGUCUCUUUCAUAAUUGCGUUCUUGGGAGUUGUUGCAGUUUUGUGCAUAAAUCCUUAUUGGAGACGAGCAUGGUUUCGUAUCGUCGAAGCUUAUGGGACCUCUUGCUAUUAUUUUGUUCUUGACUGCUUUCUCAAGGCGUUCAUCAGAAGAGGUGUGUAGACCUCGCAUGUAUCUUCAUGGCUAUGUGUGUGUACAUAUAUAUAGGCCUAUUUAAGGAUUGUCUGUUUUUGUAAUGUACAAUGAUGAUUAUCUAAAUGGAUACCACACUUUUUCUUCUGUCCA